CCAACUAGUUCACCUGUCAUGAAAAAGACAAAAUCCUCCUGUCAUUCAAGUCAACCAACGGAAAAUUGGAGAAAUUCAAUGUGCAACAAAUAAUGUGAAUCGUUUAGUCAAAUCAACAUAGGCCUUCCCAAUCAUGCUGGUCGAAGCUUUCAGUGCGAUGCUCUACGGAGCCGUGUUCCUCAGCCUGAUCGUCAUCGACUACAUUCUAGGCCAUGGGUUCGUGGAUAUGUUCCAGAAGAUCUUCUGUAAAGUGGCCUGUUUCGUGAAGAAGGCGGUAAGGGAAGAAGCUAAGCAUGCGCAUAUGAACGCUGAGAAUCCGAUCAGUCUGCCAGUGUUAUUCAUGGAGAUUUUGGUGUUGAGUUUGACUAUCGCGUUCCUAAACAAAUACAAGCAGUUCCGUAGCAAAGAUCGAAUCGACGACCUCCUUCACGAGAGCAAAGAGGCGUUGAGGCAGACCAACGAGUUUUUAGAAAAAUGGCGACUAAGACGUAUAAAUUGGCAGGUGCCCACUGAAUACUCAUAUUUGGAUGACGAGCCGCAGGAAAUCAAACCACUUAAACUGGAAGUGCCUAUCCUACAUAUGGCUAUCAUUGAUACCUUAGGAACAACAAGAAGUCAGCCAGAAAGAGGAGACGCGGGCGACACGGUUAACAUCACAGAUUCAACACUACUAUCUGUGACGUCACUCCUCGAUGACGAUCUAGAAUCUUUGCCCGAACCGAUCAGCGAAGAGAAGAUUCCUGAUGAGACGAAAAACAUCGAGUUUAGAAAUCGAUGCUUAUGGGCUGUUAUGGAAGAGGAUGCGAAUAAUCUUGAUGACUAGGAAGAAAUGUUAGGUAUCGUAUGAAAAGAAAUAUGUUGUUCUUCGGAUUUAGAAAAUGCUAGUAAUAAAUUAGUGUGCUGUUAAGUAACAUCCAUCAAAA